AUGAGUUUUUCUCUCUCUGGUUCAACAGUUGUGGUUUCGGGUUUGAACCGGAAAGUGUCUAAACUCAUCUCCGUUCCAACGAAGGACCAGAUCCUCGUUCCUGAAACUCUUCUUAAAAAGAGAAAGAGCCAGGAGCAGGCUAGAGCUGCUCGUGCUGCCGAGCUCGAGAAGAGAAAGAAGGCCAACAAGGAGAAGCGCGGCGUCAUCUUCAAGCGCGCCGAAUCUUAUGUCAAGGAAUACCGUGACGCUGAGCGUGAGAAGAUCCGUCUCGCUCGUUUGAGCAAACAACAGGGCUCCUUCUAUGUCCCUGAUGAGCCUAAGCUUGUCUUCGUUGUUCGUAUCAAGGGUAUCAAUAAGAUUGCUCCCAAGCCACGCAAGAUUCUCCAGCUCCUCCGUCUUCUCCAGAUCAACAAUGGUGUCUUCGUCCGCCUCACUAAGGCUACCGCUGAGAUGCUUACUAUCGUCAACCCCUACAUCGCCUAUGGCUAUCCCAACUUGAAGACUGUCCGCGAACUCAUCUACAAGCGUGGAUACGGCAAGGUCGAUAAGCAGCGUGUUGCUCUCACUGACAACCAGAUCAUCGAAGACAACCUUGGCAAGUACGGCAUUGUCUGUAUGGAAGAUUUGAUCCACGAAAUUUACACCGUCGGACCCAACUUCAAGCAGGCUAGCAACUUUUUGUGGCCAUUCAAGCUUUCCAACCCAACUGGUGGCUUCCGCGCUCGCAAAUUCAAGCACUUCAUCGAGGGUGGUGACACUGGUAACCGCGAGGAAAACAUUAAUGCUCUUAUUAAACAAAUGAACUAG